GUAUGUGAGUGUGUGUCUGGUGUAUACAUGUGUGAGAGCGGCAGCGCACAGAAGCGGAUCAGGAUGGCGGAGUGAGGGGUGAGAGAAUGAGACUGCCCAGCUCCGUCCUGGUGUCGGUCUCUCUGUUUACGGCCGAAACCACGGCAGCAUUGUACCUGAGCACCACGUACCGCUCGGCCGGAGAUCAAAUCUGGCAAGGCUUCACUCUGCUCUUCACGCUGGUUCCGUGCGUGUUGGUGCAGCUCACCCUUAUCUUCAUCCACCGAGACCUGAGUAGAGACAGGCCGCUCAUCCUUCUGCUGCACCUUCUGCAGCUUGGACCUGUUAUCAGGUGUUUGGAUGCCUUUUGUAUCUAUGGAAGCUCGGGGAAGGUGGAGGAACCGUAUGUCACCAUUACUAGGAAGAAACAAAUGCCUCGAUGUGGCCAGGCAGAGGAGGUGGAACAUGAACUCGGGCAGGCAGAGGGCAAGUUGGUGGCUCAUCGAGCGGCCUUCGCUCGAACCUCCGUCAUUCAGGCUUUCUUGGGCUCUGCCCCUCAGCUCACACUGCAGCUCUAUAUCUGUGUGCUGCAGAAGGAUGUUUCCAUUGGGAGAGGCACCCUGAUGGUCAUCUCUCUGCUCUCCAUUGUGUACGGUGCACUGCGCUGCAACAUCUUAGCCAUCAAGAUCCGUUACGAUGACUAUGCGGUGUCAGUGCAUCCCAUGGCGUAUGUGUGCGUGUUGCUGUGGCGUAGCUUUGAGAUUGCGACACGCGUUGCUGUGCUUGUGCUUUUUGGCUCCGUGCUGAAGGCCUGGCUGCUGCCUGUAGUCAUGCUCAGCUUCUUCGCCUUCUUCCUCCAGCCUUGGGCAUCAUUCUGGCGCAGUGGCUCACCCUUUCCCGAGAGCAUUGAGAAGACGCUGACACGCGUGGGUACGGCCACUGCGCUCGCCAUGCUCACUUUUCUGUAUGCAGGGAUCAACGUUUUCUGCUGGUCGGCCGUGCAGCUCAAGCUCGACGACCCUGACCUGAUCGACAAAAAUUACGGCUGGAGGCGAGCAACUGCUUACUAUUCUAUACGGUUCGUUGAGAACAUAGCGCUCACAUCACUCUGGUUCUCCAACCGCACUGAAAUUUAUCGACAAGUAGAUGCACCAGUGCUUGAGCUGCUUCUAUUUCUUAGCUAUGCCUUUGCUGUCUUCUUCAUGCUCCUCUUCUACCAGUGCUGCCACCCCUGCAGGCACCUGUUCUCCUCCAGCCCGGUGCAGGGACUGUGGAAAUGCUGUGGCUCACCACAGGUGCCGGCUGUGUCGUGUUCGCGGCCCGCAUGCACUCAGGGAAAAGUGUCAUUAGAAAGCCCUGAUCAAGCCAAAGACGUGGAACAUGAACCAAUUUCCAGCACCAACGGAGAGAUUAGCCAGUGUCUGUGCUGAGUCCCUGGUGAAGUAAAGAGCCACAGUACAGAUGGAGAAAUGGAGUAGGUGGCAAUUCACACGGACGCUCUUAGUGAGCAAACACUUUAGCUGAGAAUGAAUUAUUUUAAGGCUUUAAUAUAUGAAGCUGAAUUUUCCUGAGCUGAUUUUUUUAAGUGCCCUUUAUGGACCAGAAGCUUAAUUAGUCAAUGACGUUAAUGUAUGUUCGGUGGAUUAUGUAAAAAGUCUUCCUUAGCCUUCCUUAGCUUUCCUUUUCAUUGGAUUUUAAGACAAACCAGUCAGCAUGAUUGUGGCCUGGGUUGUUUAAGCGCGUUUGCUGAAUGCAUGUGCUAUAUAACAACAUGAGAAUGCUGCUUUUGUCAUGUAAGCUGCAGUCUUCUUGUCUUUCAGCUUCUCUCUAUACCUCCCUGAUUUCUAUAAUGAUGUACACGUCUACUGUUUCUUGGAAAAAUUUUUUUUUUUUUUACAUUUAUAAAUCCUGUAAAUACAGUAUAGAAACACUUAUUGUGAAAGUUUCCGUAUCAAUGACACGAAAUCAACGGCUACAUUUUAUUUUUUUCUUUCAUUAUCAACUGACUUGAAUCACAACUGAGAGCAGAUACAAUCUAAACAGUUAUUGGUCUCCUGAUCAGCAGCUUAGACCAUUUAUCCUUCACUUCACCACUUCUGCAUUAUUAAUGCAUCAUCUCAUUGCCACAAGUCUAUAUUGGGAAAUCUUUGCAUCACUUCCAGUGUUUGAACUGCAUCUCACAAAACUUCAGAAUUGCUUUUAUUUAACUGCAUAAUUAAUAUAAUCUAAUAAUUACAAACCUUUUUCAUUUAAGUUUAGUAUAAGCAGUAAAACUUAAUGAAGACAUAAAACAUUUUUGUCAGCUAUAUGUAAUAUAUUUUUCAACCAAUCAUGUAUUCCAUUUUUUUUUCCAGUGCACAUAUACAUGAUUUCCAUAUAUUCUGUUUUUAUUUAACAUUGACCUUUUCUAUUUCUUGGAUUCUGACAUUCAUGUUAAACAUGUAAAUGCUUACAGCAACAUAAGCUCCAAUCAUAUCAGAAAAUCACCAGAAUUGGUGUCUUCGAUUGUUGUAUUUCUCCCUUGUGUUGUGUUUUAUUUAAAAGCUACUUAUUCCAUGCUGAUGUUGAUUGAUCAUGAGCAGCAUCCUUUUACUAGCAUUAACCUCGAACAAUGUUUUACACACUGAUUCAUAAGGAUGUUAAAUGACAUGCUAUGUUUAAAUAACGUAGGUUAUAAUUAAGGUUAGAGUAAGAUUUUUUUAGGAAGUUUUUUUUAAAAGCCCUGCUUGUUGUAUUAAGAAUGAUUUGCUCUGUAAUUUAAAUAUUUAAUUUUUCACACUUAUAUUUUGCACUUAUAUUGAUUCACGCAUUGCUUUCUAAAUGAGACCACGUUUUGCACACUAUACAUUUUUAUCAGAGGAAGAGAAAAGGCUUUGACGAUUGUAUUGAAGUCUUCGGCGCCCUCUGGUGUUUGGGUAAAUGAAAAUAAUCUUGUAGGUUGUCUUCUUAAUGUCUUCUUAAUAGGUGACCGACGAAUGUCUGCUUGUUACAGCUUUCUUCUGUAUGUGGAGUCGGAGAAAAUAAAAAGAAUUAAAAAAAAACGAAAGAUCAUAGAA